CAAAACCUGCCGCACAUGCGUGAUGUCGAUGUGAGCUGAUGACUCCUUGCUGAUCUCGACUUCCCUCAACAAGAUGGUUGAUUCUGACGGUUCGCCGCUGAACACCACGUAGCGACAAUCACCGCUCGAGGUGGGGAAGCACGUUGCCUGUACCCAUGAGUUGAGAUGUAGGGAAAGCGCCAUCAUGGAUGCGGGCAUGGAUACAAAAAGACGGCCUCGGAUUCCGCUCUCGCACUCAAACUGCUCUCGCUAUGCGACUCGACCCGCCCUGUCUCCUCACUCUCUUCCAUGUGCUUCCGAUUCUGCUCGCGCUGCUCGCGGCAGGCGCACACGCGCAGACGAUCUCGUAGGCGGGCCCACUAAGCAUGCGCGGGCCGUACGUCGUCGACGCAACCGGCAACCGCUUCAAGCUGCGCGGGGGUAACUGGCACGGCGGGAGCGGAACGUAUGGGGGUAGUGGGGACUGGAACGUCGAUGCGAACCACCACGCUGGGGAGAAUGCGUCCGCGCUGUUUCUCUCUACGCUUCGGUCGCGCGCUCAUUCCAUCGCAGCCGCACAAUGCCCCUCGGACUACAAUACGUGCCUAUCUCGCAGAUCAUCGACUCGUUCGUGGAGCUCGGCAUCAACACUAUCCGGCUUCAGUUCUCGAAUCAUGGUCCACAACACGACCGUCGGGGAUCCGAGCUGGGUCGCUGCGAAUCCACAGUUUGCGGGGAUGACUGCGCUGGAGGUUUACGAUGCGGUUGUCGACGCGCUUACCGCGCGCGGUAUCGCCGUGAUCCUCAACUACCACACGAAGACCAGCAUCUGGUGCUGCGGCGUCGACGGGAACGAGUGGUGGGACGAGAGCCAGUCGUUGGAUGCCUGGGCCGCGGAUUGGGUAAUGAUGGUGAAAAGGUAUAAGGACAACAAGCGCGUCAUAGGGGCCGAUCUGUAUAAUGAGGUCCGGCGUGACAUCCUGACCGAGCCUAACUGGGGUGGAAACAAUAAUGCCGACUGGUGGCAGGCGUCACAGCUGGUCGCAGAUCGGAUCCAUCUCGUCAAUCCCGACAUCCUGAUCAUCGUCGAGGGCAUCAACUGGGUUGAGCUCCCUGUCAAUGGGCUCCCGCACAGCCGACCGACGCUGAUCCCCAUCGCCCAACUCUCACAUACGACGCUCGUUUCCCACACGUCAUACACGGGCCCGAAUCACAGCGGUGCCACAGGGAUCGGCGAAACGACGGAUCCACGCUACCGCGACUUGUCGCGCGGCGAUCUCUUCGCGGUACUCAACUCGUCCGCCUCGUAUGUCGGGCUGACGGCGGACAUGCACUUCACCGUGCCGGUGUGGAUCAGCGAGUUCGGCAUGGAGGGCCGCGCAGACACGUUGCAAUCGGAAAUCGGACUUUGCGUUCUGGCAGAACUUCAUCGACUACCUCGUGCAGACGGAUGCGAACUACGCGUUCUGGCCGCUCGUGGGGUACCUCAACAACGGCCAGAGCAAUGGGGCGACUUCAUCCAGUCGCUCUAUGCGCGCAUCCACCUCGGGGACUGGGACAACGGCGCGUCCAAGGCCAACUGCCCUGACGGCCAGCGCCUCAUCGGGCUCUCGCACGAGUCUACGCGGGGGCUGUGCACGGACAACGCUCUGGGCAACCUCGAGGCCACGCCGCAUGCGACCGAGGUCGUGUUCGACGAGCGGCACGUCACCACCGACUGGGCGAGCGGGUACACCAAGUACACCUGUCCGGCCAACUACUACGUCAUCGGAUGGGCGAUCCGGGGUACCCAAGUCUCGACGGUGAUGUGCACGCAGGCGAACAUCGGCAUCUCUGGCUCCGGGCGCACGGUGUGGAUUGACAGGGGCGACAACCGUGCAGACACCCUUGGUGGUGAUUUUGCGAGUGGGCAGUACAAGGGAAGCUGUGCCGCAUCCGAGGUCGUGGCCGGCAUGGCUUUCACGACGCGCGACAUUCCAGGGCAGCGGUUCGUACGUCGUGUUCGACUGGGGAAGGAGCUUGGGGGGAUCCUGUCGCUGACGAUCAACAACGCGACGGCCCAGUCGCAGUUCUCACUGUCGUUCACCGAGUCCGCGGAGUUCAUCAGCCCGCUCAAGUUGGACGACUCGUGCCAGCCCGCACGGCUGCAGAACUGGGACAGAAUCCAGACGUUCCACGUGCCGCGAGCCACGGGGCUGCUGACGCAGACCGUGGGACAGCAGCGCGGCGGGUUCCGCUUCCUGACGAUUGUGAGUGCGAGCGCGGACCCGCUGACGAUCUCGAACAUCUCGCUGGCGAUCACGUUCAUGCCCCACUGGGAUGAUCUCAGGGCGUACCCGGGCUACUUCUUUGCACCUGACCCCGGGUUCCACGACAUCGACUUCCUCACGAAGAUCUGGCACUAUAGGGUGCAGACCAACACAAUCCCUCCCCACACGGCGCGACAGGAGCCGUGCCCAGCAGGAGGUGGCUGGUCCAACGAUGCCUUGGGAGGAGCUGCCACUGGGCCUAUCCUCGUCGAUGGUGCAAAACGCGACAGGAACAUCUGGCCAGGCGACUGCGGCAUCUCCACACACACGGAGCUCGUCGCGCUGAGCGACAUGGAGCCGACCAAGAACUCGUUGAUGGUGAUGUUCCGCACGCAAAACCUGACGACUGGCGCGCUGCAGUACUCCGGGCCGCCGCUGAACAACCAGGGAAGCGACACGUACAUCUCGUGGUCGCUCAUUGGGACGCACAACUACUUCCUGUACACGGGCGACCUCGAUUUCAUCAAGUCUGUCUGGGCGAACUACACCAAGGCGGUUGGCUUCCUUGAGGGCCAGGUGGACUUGACCGGCCUGAUGAACGUCUCGUCUGCGCUCUCGAACGACUGGGGCAGGGCCAGCGGCGCCGGACACAACUCUGCGGCAAACGCGUUGCUUUAUCGCACGCUCGUCACCACGGCGGACCUGGCGACGCAUCUCGGCAAUGUCUCCCUCCCCGCCACAUACCUCGCCAACGCGACCAAGAUCAAAACUGCGUUCAACAGCCUGCUGUGGGACGCCGCGGCGGGCCGGUUCCGCAGCAACGACCUGCCGAGGAGCAUCCACCCGCAGGACGGCAACGCGCUCGCGGUCCUGUACAACCUCACGACAUCGGACGCACAGAACAAGGCCGUGAGCGCCGGGCUGAUGAAGUUCUGGACGCCCAUCAGGCCGUGGCUUCGAGCGCAUUUUGUGGCCGGCAAGGGCGAGCGGGCAAUUGAUCUGAUCGAGCGCGAGUGGGGGUACAUGCUGGAAACCAACUUGAGUGUCAAGUCGCCGCUGCUAGAGGGCUUCUCGGCCAACGGAUCGCUCGGUCGGCUACCUGGGGUCUUGAUCAUUGCGUCAAUCAUCUGA